UGCAGCGUUGCCCCGGCAUCUACGUAACGCUUUCCGCUCUGUGUUCAGCCCCGCCCCCUCAGCCGGCUUUUCCGCACGCCAAGCCCCUCCUCUUCCUCCGUACACACGCCUCCUGUGUAGGUCAUGGCUGCCCCUGUGUGCAGUCUCCGUACAGUUAUCCAUGGCUGUCACAGGCAUGUGUUUAAGGCAGGUUUUAUUGGUCCAUCUUUCCCAUUCACAAACAGAAGUUGGGUUGCUGUAAGAUUCUAUGCUGCUGAAUCUGCUGUGGUUAAAAAAUUUAUUAAAGAAAAGAAAACCAGUAAGGAGCCAGUUAUUAAAAGACUUACAAAGGAGCAGAUUUUAGAGAAAAGAAAGGACACAAAUAGUCCUAAACCUUUCGGCUUAACAGCAUGGAAGCCCAGUGAUGAUGUCUAUAUGGCCCGCUACUAUCCAAAGCCAACACUUGAGCCAGAAACUGCAAUAGAGAUGCUUAAAACAUUUCAGAGAUUGGAUUUUACUAACUCAACACAGGCUGUGUAUGUGGAACUUAAGCUGGAUAUGAAGCUGGAGAAAAAGAAAAAAGUGGAUCCAUUUGUUGGCUACCUUCAUUUGCCAUUCUCUUUUGUGAAAGAAUCAAAUAAGUUGUUAGUAUUUACAGAGAAGGCAGACGAUGCUGAGAUUGCAAAAAAGAAUGGAGCUGCAUUUGUUGGAGGAGUUGAGCUCAUCCCUCAGAUUCUGAAUGAUGAAAUUCAAGCAGAUUUCUACAUAGCAACACCCGACAUUGUUGCCAAACUAAAUAUCCUGAAAAAUAAGCUGAGGAAAAAAUUCCCAAAAAGUAAAAGAGGUUCAGUCGGUAAUGAUGUUGAAAACAUGAUCAAGCUAUUUCAAACCAGCUAUGAGUAUGCAGUCGAAAAAGAAUGCUUAGUGCAGACUAAAAUAGCUACGCUGGACAUGCCUGUUGAGCACAUAGCUGCCAAUCUUGAUGCCCUUGUAAAGGAUGUUUGCAAACACAAGCCAUUACACUUUGGUCCAUUUGUGGAAAGGUCCAUCCUCACCAGCGCUACAAGCGAAGCCAUUUUCAUCAAUUGCCAGAAAUUUCUCCCACAAGUGGUUGAAGACAAUGAUGAGGAAUAAAGAUGAAAGUAAAAGAAUGACUUCUUCUGAACUAAUCCAUGCUGUGGAGUUGCAUAAAAAGUGUACAAAGGGGUUUACCAGAAUUAGAGAAAUAGAGCUGAUUUCUUUCAAAAGCAACACCACACCUGUCCUCAGGCCAAGUGUGAUAUUGCAACUUAGUUCCAUUAAAGUAAAUAGAGCCAAGUUGUAACACCACAUUCAACCUGAGGACAUGUGUGGUGUUUUGGGGGGGAAAAAUUCCAUGCAACCUGUCAAACACUUAACUUGAAUAAAGUUUUAUUACCAGGGAAGAGGAAGAGACAAGGAGAAUAACAGUUGAUUGAAGAUGGGAAUGGAACUUUUUUUUUUUUUUUUUUUUGUAAUAAAUAUAAUAUUUACAUUUUUUUAUGUAUUAGAAAUUUCUUGCUGGAUAGGAUGUCAUAUCACCUGCAUACUUGAACACAGAGUCAAAACCUCCAUUUAAAGUCUAUAUUUAUUCAAUGACAUAAUAAAAUGACAAUGAGGAGAUGUAACUCACAUGUAGAGAAACAGAACAUGGCCGCACAUCCACAACUUGUGCUUUUUAGCAUAAUUUCAAAAACGAACAGGUGUUAGUGUACCUUUUGAUCAAAACGUGCAAGCCCACUCACCACAUCAAGGCCACCUGAUUAGAGUGUGUCCCUAAACAAACACUGGUGCAGCUCUGGGAAGUGACCAAGCCCACAGUUUGGAAUGACCCAGUGGCCAGGCAGCCCCACUGCUGCCCGACCAAGCCCCCAGCUCCGGGCCUCACCACCCCACAGACAAAGCAUUGGAGCAACAACAGCCGCCGCAGAGCACCACACCAGUGUAAACACCUAUCAUAUGCUCCCUGCCAUAGGACUGGGAGAAUGCUAGAUAUAUCAAUAUGAUAUCCAAAAUAAGAUGCAGAAAAAGUGGAUUGGUUAACAGUACAUAAACCAGUUUAAUCACGCAGGUAUCACAACUGGGAGAAUGCUAGAUUUAUCAAUAUAUCAAUAACCAAUCCACUUUGUCUGCAUCUUAUUUUGGAUAACAGUACAUAAACCAGUGUAAUCACUGCUACCCAUUAUAUCUAUCCAGGUAUAGGACCUAAUAUAUGUACCCAAUAUAUGUGUAUAUAAGGGAAAGAACUAUAGGGGUUGCAGUGAGGAACGAGUAUGGUCAUAACUUUAAGCAAUGUUAGAUCUAGUCCUAUUGAUUCCACCUGUCCACUUUGCAUAUAACCUAUUUACAUGCCUGUAUAUCAGGAUGUAUCUACAAAUACUACACUAACUGAAGAUUAAGCAUUGGAAGACAUAUGUGACAGAGUGUGACUAUUAGCGACAUGUACCAGCCUUCCUGGACUUAAAGUAAAACGGUCAUCCUGUUCACCCACACUAAACUCAAUACUAAGCUCACUAACUAACAUACAUACCAUAGGUCCGGAGUUAUGUCCCACCGAAG